AGAUGUUGAGACUUAGGGGAAGACUCUUGCCUAGUUCAGAGGUCUCCUCUUUUUCUCCUCUCCUCUACUGACAGAAUCUGGACUGGUAUGGCCUGGAGGUACUCACAACUGCUCCUGGUCCCUGUGCAGCUGGUGUUCCUGGCCUCAGUUUGUUGUCCAGGUGUCUGGGGGUCCACAGUUAUAUCUGAAGAGCUUCAUAGAAUGGUAGGACAGAACCUCUCCGUGCAGUGCCAGUACAAGCCUAAGGAGGGGCCCUAUGUGCUGAAAACGUGGUGUCGGCAAACAGCCCCAAGUAAAUGUACGAGAGUGGUCACUACCUCUGAGCCUCGGAAAGCAGCCAGGGAAUUACAGCACACAAUCUGGGAUGAUCCUGAAGCUGGCUUCUUCACCGUCACCAUGACUCAACUAACAGAGGAUGACUCAGCGUUCUACUGGUGUGGUCCAUAUUAUCCUUCCCUCAGAGAAGUAACUGUUCUCAGAAACAUCAGCCUGGUGGUGUCGCCAGCCCCAUCAACCCUUCCUUUACAGACGAUUGCUUGGCUUCCAGAAAGCACAGCAGCCACCAUCUUUAUGCCCUUCCCAGUUCUGACUUCCUCUCCCGAGGAGACCACUGACUCUUCCAUCAAUGGCACUGGGCACAGAAACCAAAGUUCCUCCUCUCCUGACUGGACUUCCCCGGGGCUUCUGGUCUCUGUGCAGUAUGGACUCCUCCUGUUCAAGGGACUGAUGCUGUCAGUUUUCUGUGUGCUCCUUUGCUGGAGGCGUGGCCAGGGACGAGAGUACAUGGCAGAGACGAUGGAGCUUUCAAAACUAUCUCACAUCUCCAAGUCCUUGGACACGGUUAGCCACAUCUCAGGGUAUGAGAAGAAGGCUAACUGGUACUAAGGCUACCCAGUAAGCAGAACAGGCCAUACUUCAGCUCUACCGAAGCCAUCAGGCAAGCCCACGAGAGACAACAGCCAGACCUGCACCUCAAAUCGCCAGGGCUAAUUGACACUCCAGUAUCGAGCACCCUCAGAGCUGUAUACCCUGUAGCCCAGACCUCCCCCAAGAGGACCAACCAUGGGGCAGUUCAUCUGCAACACCCAGCUCAAGUGCUUUCCCAGAUCUCCAGCCCCAGGCUUUUCUCACUCUCUCUCCUGCCUCCCUUGGCAUCACAAGCCUCAUAGGCUCUGUUUCCCAAGUGAGCUACUCACAAGGCCCCUACCUGUCCACUCUACUCACGUUCACAAGCUCACCUUCUUGGUUUGCUCUAGAUUUCCUAAAAUGAGGGGGUGACUAACUUAAAGGCUAACACGGGGAACCAAGAAAGGCUGUGUACUGCGGACCACAAACCGAGAAAGUCCAGAAGUUAAAGGGGGAAAAAAAGAGUUUUAAACAAGACCAAAACCUCCCCAAACUGACCCUUCAUGCAGCCACACAUCAGAGCUGACCGCCAGGGGUCAGUAUUGUGCUGGUUUACCCAGUGAUGCAAUUUCAUCCGCACAAAGUCUGCUUAUACAAAGAGGAGGGUUGGCUGGUGGGAGGAGGCGGGUAGAAUCCCUUAGGGAACAAAAAGAACGUCACAUCUGUAAAACAAGAAGAGUCCAGAGUGACGUUCAGGAGAGCCUGGAUACUGGCAUACGCUACUAACAACACGCUGAAUGUAACCACAGCCUUGUAACCAUAAAAAGGCCACUAUGACAGGAUCACAUUUUAUUCCUUUUUUUUUUUAUGUUAUGUGUGGGAGAAUAAAAUAUAGAUGUUUCUUCAUAGA